AAAAAGUGGUUCUUUUCAUACUCUUUUUGUUAGGGUUCAAAGCCUUAUACAAUAAUUAAUAGUAACCCCAUUGCUAAUUAGAAAUAUUGGCAUCCACUGCAAGUUACAAUUGAAAGAACAUUUGCUAAGAUUUGUCUCCAAAACUCCAUACACACUACCAUAGUGGAUAGACAAGAGGAACUUUCCUAUUCCUACUGGUGGUCAAUCCUGUGAACAGGAAAAUGCCUUCAAUUCCAAGUUUUAUUGGCUACAAAAAUUGUUUAUGCAAGUCACUUGGUCAAAUCAUGAUUUGGGAGGUUAAAAAAUUAUGGGCUUAGAUUCUCGCCAGCCAUAGAAAACGAGAGGAGUGUUUUGGACAAGACAUGACUUGGUCAGUUCUGACCAGGGAAGGCUUUGGUGACCUAGACACCUAACCUUGGGCACGGAUUUUCAGUUUUUGGGACUUCCAGAAUUAUUUCAUGAUUGGGCUCUCUGAUUAUUUUUUCCUCUAGGAAUUUUCCCCUUUUCUUCAAAGCUAGGAUUUGAUGCAAUAUUCGGUGGCAGUUGCUUGUGAGACGCAUAUCAUAUAAACUGGAGGCUGCGAGCUCUACUCCUUGAUAUGUUAAAUGCUAAGUAGCAGCAGGAGAAGCUUUUUAAGAUGUGUAUGAAUGGUCUGAACUGCUUUCACAUUGUUUAUUCCAAGAUGGUGGCAGGAGGGAAUUCUUCUUGCAGUUCUGGGAAAGGGAAGAGCCACCUUAGUCCCAAUAAAAUUGUUUAUGGAUUCAGUUUAGUCGAAGGAAAAGCUAGUCAUCCCAUGGAGGAUUAUCAUGUUGCAGAAUUCACUCAAAUCAAUGGCCAUGAAUUGGGUUUAUAUGCCAUCUUUGAUGGUCAUUUGGGUGACAAUGUGCCUUCAUACCUACAGAAGAAUUUAUUUCAAAAUAUUCUUAGUGAGGCAAAUUUCUGGGUUCACCCCAUUAGGGCCAUAAUGAAAGCCUAUGAUAAGACAGAUAAGGCCAUUCUUAGACACACUCCUGACUUUGCUCGAGGAGGUUCAACUGCUGUCACAGUCAUCUUGAUAGAUGGCGUAAAACUUUUGGUUGCAAAUGUCGGUGACUCUAGAGCAGUUGUGUGCCAAAGAGGAAGAGCUAUUCAGCUCUCCACUGAUCAUGAGCCUAGUACUGAACGUGUAAGCAUUGAAGAUAAGGGCGGCUUCGUCUCAAAUUUUCCAGGGGAUGUUCCAAGAGUGAAUGGUCAACUUGCAGUUUCCCGAGCUUUUGGAGAUAGGAGUCUCAAGUCACAUCUACGGUCAGAUCCUGAUGUGAGAGAAUGGGACAUUGAUUCAGACACAGAGUUUCUAAUUCUUGCCAGUGAUGGCUUAUGGAAGGUAAUGGAUAAUGAGGAAGCCACCAAUUUUGUUAGCAAAAUCAAGGAUCCACAAAUGGCAGCAAAGCAAUUAACUUCAGAAGCCUUGAAACGAGAAAGCAAGGAUGAUAUAUCUUGUAUUGUAGUGCAGUUCAGAAACUUAAGAUGAUUGCUUUACAGCUUGCCUAAGGGCACCUGUAGUUGAAUUGGCUUUUUCUGUAUUAUAAUAGCUUCUGCUCAAGACAUCUGUAUAAAAUAUGAAAUAAUUGUAAAAAUAUCCCUACAAAACCCAAUGUUUUCUGCAAUCCAGGUUGAGAGGGGCUCAUAUAUUUUGGCAAAUUUUCAUGAAUGUGGUAUUGCAUAUCUAUGUAACAAGUGGUGAAAUUAUGUUUAAUCAAUGUUUAUUUUCUAAUGGUUUUUUUAA